AUGUCUCCCAGCGGUCCCGUCGCUGUCUCUGCCCCAGGCAAAGUCCUGCUGGCAGGCGGAUAUCUGGUCCUCGAUCGAGCUCACACUGGACUCGUCUUCGCAUUGGACGCCCGCAUCCACGCCCUGAUCAAAGACAUUCCCACGAGCAAUGGCGUGAUUCUCAACCAGAUCACCGUCAAUUCGCCGCAGUUCCUGGACGCCGUCUGGGAAUAUGGAUACCGCCUGGCCGAGAGAGAUGCAGGUGUACAGGUGACCCAGCUGAGAGCGUGAGUACAUCCCUGAUCUAACAUGUUGAGCUUCUUGCCGAAUCAGCGUUCAACCUGAUCAGCAUGCUUGGUGCGUGAAAUGUGUCUAGACGGAUGUACAGGACGUCAUGUUAAGUUUGCUUGCCGGUGUCUCUUUUGCUGUCCCUGUCCCGAUCCUGUCACAAGAGCAGCCUGAACCGUUUCCACUCCUUUGUUGUACAAUACGAGCGACCCUCACUUACUCAACCGGACUCAUACAGAGAUGCAGACCUCAAUCUCAACCGCAACCCCUUCAUCGAGACCACCCUCAGUUAUGCGCUCAGCUACAUCACCAGCAUUGCGGGACCCAUGAUCAGUCCCGCGGAGAUCACGGUCCUGGCCAACAACGACUACUACUCUACACCAGCCGACAUUACAGACGCCGCAUCAGGACCAAAACCUCGCUUCCACAACUUCGCCGUCCCUCUGACCCAGGCUCCCAAGACCGGUCUCGGAUCUUCCGCCGCUUUAGUAACAGCUGUCACAGCGGCACUCCUGAGCUACUAUCUUCCCAAGACUGCAUUCGACCUGAGGACAUCCGAGAGCAGAAGACGUCUCCACAAUCUUGCUCAGGCUGCUCAUUGCGCUGCGCAAGGAAAGGUCGGUUCUGGAUUCGAUGUCGCCUCAGCCGUAUAUGGUACCUGCAUAUACCGACGCUUCUCGCCAAGCCUCUUGACCAACCACGCCGAGCCUGGAGUCCCCAAGUUCGCAUCGGAGAUCCGGGAUAUCGUCGAGGAGAAGCACCAUGGCGGGGCCUGGGAUACUGAAAUCGUCAAGGAUGUCGUCAAGAUACCCAGAGGAUUGAGAUUGGUCAUGUGCGAUGUCAGCUGCGGCAGUAAAACUCCCGGAAUGGUGAAGCAAGUCCUCGCUUGGCGAAAAGAGAGACCUGAAGAAGCCAACGCCAUCUGGGCCGACCUGGACGCUGCAAAUCAAAAGUUGGCGACGGAAUUGAAAGCCAUGGCAGAGGGCAAAUCCGGUAAAGAAAAUCUCAAGGCCUGUAUAUCCAAGAUCCGCGAACUCAUCCGGUUAAUGUCGGAAAAGUCGGGCGUACCCAUCGAGCCAGCCGCACAGACGGAAUUGAUCGACGCAUGUGAAAAGGUUUCUGGCGUCGUCGGUGGUGUCGUGCCAGGUGCAGGUGGCUAUGAUGCCAUUUCGCUUCUGAUCGAAGACAAGGAAGACACCGUCGCAGAACUGAACAAGCUUUUCGCUGCUUGGGACCUCAAAGCUGAGGGGAAGGGAGGAGGCAAGGUCAGCAUGAUGGGCGUAAGAGAGGAGAUGGAAGGCGUCAAAUCGGAGGAUGCCCCAAAGUACAUGCAGUGGCUGAAGGAGCUGUGA